CCACCAUUACGCAACCCUUUUGACUUCCCCUCAUUUGAAGAGUAGCAUCGGCACGAAUUUGCCAACUGCAUCAUCAAUUCCUAUUUAUUGAAUUUCAAAAUCUUCUGGAAAGAUGAAAUAUUCCGCCAGCCUUUGGGUUAGUCUCGCCACGGGCGCAUCUGCCGCGUCACUGCUGCCUACUCCAGACGACUUUGACUGGGCUUCUGUCACGCCCUCCAAGGAUCUCGAAUACCAUGCCUGUUUUAAUGAUUACAAGUGUGCCCGUCUGAUAGUUCCCCGAGACUGGCACAAUGAGACGGAUGGACACACCGUCACCAUUGCCAUUGCCAAGUUGCCCGCCGUAGUGCCUGAUGACGAUCCUGCGUUUGCAGGAACCAUCCUUACAAACCCAGGUGGCCCCGGCGGCUCUGGUGUGGGAUAUCUUCUUAACGCAGCUAGCCAGCUGCAGAAAACCAUUGAUAUUCCCGGCAAGAAGCACUAUGAGAUCUUAUCCUUUGACCCUCGCGGCAUUGGACACACCCUACCCACUGUCGACUGCUUUGAAGGAAAUGUGCUGGCCCGCGAUGCUGCCACCCUAAGCGCUAUGGCUGUCGGGGCCGUCGAUGCUAGCGAUAAUGCUCUCAUCUACACCUUCAAUGCAAUCCAACAGGCUGGCAAGCACUGCGCCAAGGUCAUGGCUGAUGUGAUCCCGUACGUCAACACGCCUAGCGUGGCUCGAGACAUGGUCGCCAUAGUCGACAAGAUUGACGAGCUGCGCAAGAAGGAGAGCCGCAAGGGCGACGGCGAGGAUGAGAUGCUUGAGCUCAGGAGUGUCAAGGAUACUACUCCCCGUCUGCAGUAUAUUGGAUUCUCGUAUGGCACCGUCCUGGGCAACUACUUUUCCGCUCUGUUCCCGGAGCGUGUUGGCCGUGUUGUCCUGGACGGUGUUGUUGACACCGAUGACUAUGCCACCGGCCGUGGAUGGCUUACUGCCACACACGACUCUGACGAGAUGGUUGAACUCUUCUUCAAGGGCUGCUUCAAGGCCGGAAACCCCGCGUGCAAGCUCUACCGCCCCGGCGACAAGAAGCCAUCCGACAUCAAGAAGCGCGUCUUUUCAUGGAUUGAACAUCUUGACAAAGAGCCCAUCACCAGCGUAACUCCCGAUGGCAACCCGCUUGUUUGGAGAUCUGCCGACAUCCGCAACAUGAUCUUCAGCCUGCUCUACGCCGCCGACCAGACCUUCCAGGGAAUGUCCGAGAUUCUCGAUGAAGGUAUUUCCGGCAAUGUAACCGUCCUUACAAACACCUUGGCGUUCAUGUCCAACAUUAAACCAAUUGUUGACUACUGCCCCGCCGCCAACCAGACCUUCCCGACGGCUGGUAUCAACGAGGACGCCUACAGCGCCAUCUCCUGCACCGACGGCGACGCAUCUUCAGGCCAAAAGGUGGGCUACUGGCGCAAGUAUAUCAAAGACCAAGCUGAACGGUCGUCGGUGGCUGGCGGCAGCGUGGCCCAAGGCCGCAUUACCUGCGCCGGCGUAUUCGCUCGACCAAACUGGGAGUACAAGGGCCCAUUCACAACCCCCAAGGCAUCCAAGGACUCGUCUGCGCCAGAGAAGGGUCGUCCUGCAGCGCCGCUUCUUUUCCUCUCUAAUCGCUGGGAUCCCGUCACGCCGGUCACCUCCGCACGCAACAUGUACAGGCAGCAUCCUGGGGCUGGCCUGGUUGUUGCCAACGGCAUGGGCCACUGUGCCGCUGGCUCUGGCAUCGUUAGCAAGUGCACGCAGACUGCUCUGCAGCAGUAUUUUGACAAGGGUAUCGUACCAAAGGGCGAGAUUGAAUGCGAGGGUGUGCGUGAUCCGUGGGACCAGAUCACUGCUUUGAGUGCAGAGGAGGCGGCGCAUUUGGACCGUAUGCUGCAAAGACGUACGUUCAAGAACAUGUUUGGCAUCUAAGAUUAAGCCCAAAUUCAUAGCACAUCAGAUGGGGCAUAGUUAGGUAUAUAAGUGUUUGCAUUAUUUUCUCUGCUUCAAUACAUAUCAUUCCAUUAUAACCAGGUACUCUCGACAAUCGUCCCUUGUGACGGUGAAAAAUAAUACAGUGAUAACCGGGAGCUUUUUUUUGGUCGGAUUUUCUUUACUCUUCUACAAUGCGGCCAAGGGCUUGUCCCAUCUUGACAGUUUGGCCCUUUUCUACCGCCCACGUCCAACCCGUAGGUUUCUGACCCUCAGUUGUAGCGGGCUUAUCGCUGGGUGCUUCAAAGACGAGCACGACGGUGCUGCCGAGUUGGAACCCGCCCAUCUCAUCACCACGCUUGAGGGCGUGGCCGUGCAGAACAGAGCUAGCACCCUCAUACGUUGCCUCCGCAAAGCCCAGGUACGGCUCACCACGCUUGGCGGCCUCCUCAGCAGCAAGGUCAGCAGCCGUGUCGGUCAGUAGGCUGUUUGUGCGGAGCUCUUUGUCAAAGUUGACAAUGAUGGAGCCGACAUUGGUGGCGCCGACGGGGACGUAACUAAAGAAGCCGUAGCGCCAGCGGCCUAGAAGAACCACGCGCUCAUUGAGCGUGAAAAGACCGGGAAGCGUGCGCUGCAGGUACGGCGACACACUGUACAGCUCGCCAGCAAAGUGGCGGCGGCGCUCGACGACCCAGUUGGUGGGCGAGUGGAAGCGGUGGUAGUCACCAGGCGCCAAGUAGAUGACGGCGUAGUAGAGAGAGGUGGUCUUUUCGGGAGAGAGGAUGUCGUACCAGGGCUUCUCGCCAAGAGCUAGGUCGGCGCGGACUUGGGAUACGGCGCUCUGCGAGGCACUGGUCGACUGGUCCGUUAUUUGGUGAGGGUGGCCGUGGGGGUCCUUCUGGCCAGCAAGCAGAUCAGGCAGUGUGUAUGAGAUGCCAUUCAUCUUGGCGAAUUCUUCAUGCUGCUUGAUUUCGUCUGAAGAAGACAGCGAAGACGAAGCAAUGCUUGGUGCAGGAGUGUUCUUGCCAAGCAGGGCGUCGAUUGUGUAGGUCAUGCCCUUGACCUGUUCAAUGUUGCCACCUUCGAUACGGCCAUACUGUAGGACCUUGCCAUCUGACGGGCAGAGAAGGGCGUUGGCGUCGGCAUCGAG